ACAAAUAAUUGUAAGGUCUGAUUGCAUGAUGUCAUCUCAUCUCAAGCUGUCUUCUCAGAUCGAUAUUUACUUGAUCAGUUUCCACUUUCAGGUUGUAAACCUUAAGGAGGCAAGGGAUUUCUCUUCUGACAAGGAGUUCAUGUAUGUUUUGAAGUUACUGUCUAAUGAUGCUAAAUUCUUCUAUCGCCGGAAACUUGAAUGGAAAUCUUUAUCUGUUGAUCUCCUGCCUCAUCCAGAUAUGUUUGCUGACGUGCAAGGGGGAGCAAAUCACAUAGAUGAUAAUGGUGCAAAGCGAGUUUUCUUUGGUUGAGAACGCUUUUUAGAAGGAAUAUCAGGAGAAGCUUAUAUCACAGUGCAGAGGACAGAGUUAAACAGUCCACUAGGCCUUGAGGUUCAAUUACAUAUCACAGAAGCUGUUUGUCCUGCAUUAAGUGAACCAGGACUUGGAGCUCUUCUCCGCUUCUUUACAGGAUUGUAUCUUUGUCUAAAUAGAGGAGAUGUAGAUCCGAAGGCCCAGCAGCGAUCUGCUGAAGCAGCGGGACGUUCUCUGGUUUCUAUUAUUGUGGACCACAUUUUUCUCUGCAUUAAAGAUGCUGGUUUGUGUCAUUCUAUUGUGUUCUGUUGCAGUUUGCUUUCUCUCUUUUCCUUAUUAUUCAGAUAUGUAAUUGAAGUAGUAGUUUUAUGAUUAAAGCAAUUCUAAUGUA